UUUCCCGUGGCGUUCUCUUUACCUUCAACUUUGACCUUUCCGUCACAUGCUCAGGGGGAAUUCCACAGCCAAUUUCAUUCGCUACAAUGUAUCAGCGAUUUAUUUCAAGAUAUUUGAAUAUUUAAUACAAUGUGUCACCUUCAAGAAAAUAUUGACCACAUUCACAAUCAAAUACUAUUGGAUUAAAUACAAUGUUAUCACUCUUAUUAGGCGACUAAAGGCAGAUUUUGGCACUAUGUCAAAAUACCCAUGCUGACACUUGAUCUGUGUGCAUAACAGUUGGGGUUCCUGCUAUAUUUGUCACGGACUGUAUCUGCUUCCUUGGGUAGCCUGUCAAAAACACUGUCAAUGGUCGCCCUGAAUCGACGUUGCUGGGGGAGUUAUUGAAUACUUACUCACCAAGUACCUCCACCACAGUAUCUCCACCACAGUACCUCCACCACAGUACCUCCACCACAGUACCUCCACCACAGUACCUCCACCACAGUACCUCCACCACAGUAUCUCCACCACAGUACCUCCACCACAGUAGCUCCACCCUCCUCCUCCCAUCAUGGACCUGUAUGAGGUCUUCACAGGAAGCAGGCUGGAUGUCAUCACUGAGGAGGUGCUGAGUGGAGACGAGGAGCGUGGGGAGGAGCACCAGGAGGAGGUGAAGGAGGAGGAGGUGAACAGGGAUCUCCCUACCAAAGAGGCCUUCGUAGUGGUGUCAGAGAGAACAGAGACUAGAGAGUUGUCCUCUACCUUCCAGCGUUUCUCCACGGAUACCAACGACUCUCUAAGGUUUGAGGCGUAUGUCCCGUCUUCAGAUGAGGAGGGAACUCCAUCACCUGACAGCUCUGUGGACGGACACGAUGACGUGUUUGAGGAGCACAAGGAGUCGGAGGACAAGGUGAAUAACAUCAGGACUAAGCUGGAGGAGAAGGUGGUGGAGAUGGAGAACUUUGCAGGACAUCUAGAAGAGAUCUUCCUCACUGUGGAGGAGAAUUUUGGUCGUCAGGAGCAACACCUGGAGCAGCACUGCAACGAUGUUCUACAGACGUUGUCCCAUCGUUACGACGAGCGAGCCGCUGCGCUGGGGGAGGAGAAGAAGAGGAAGUUGGAGGCCUUGUACACUCAGCUGCUGGGCUGCGGACGCACCCUGGACGCAUCCAAGGACCUGAUUGAGACCGCCCAGGAACUGUACCGCACCGAGGACAAACGACUCUUUCUACAGGCUGUUAUGCCCACCAUGAAGAGAAUUGAGGAGUUUGCGAAGGAGAAGCCUGACCUGACGCUGGUGACCCCUCUGGAGUUUGGCACGCCCCUCGCUGACCUGUCAGACGUCAAGACCAUGAUGGACUCCAUCAACAUCGUACCAGCCCCAUCUGCCCCGGUCAUAAACCCCCAGGUGUCUAACUCGGCCACGCGGACAUCUCUGCGUGUGUGCUGGAGCCUGUUCUCAGACGACUCUGUGGAAUACUACGAGCUCUACUACAGACCUGUCCUGGAGGACACGCCGGCUGUAGACAGCACCAAGGGGCCUGACGUGUCUAAUGUGAAGGUAAAGGAAACCCACUGUAGUGUAGGAGAGCUGCUGCCUAACGUGCAGUAUGAGUUCUGGGUCACAGCUACCAAUACGACAGGCAUCAGCCCUGCCAGUGAGAAGGCUGUCUACGUGACAGUCCCAUCUCCACCAGUCAUCAGACAGAGGGAGUGUAGCAGUUGUCCGGAAGCCGCUCUGAUUCGCUGGGAGUCAGGAAACACCAACCCAGUCGACUCCUACACCGUAGAGCUGAUUGAGACAGGCACUGAUGGACAGAGUGGGGUCACUGAGUCCAUCGUGGCUGUUCCUACCUGUGAGAGUCUGAUCCAGCUGGAGUCAGGAAGACAGUACCUCAUCUACGUCAGAGCUGUCAACAUCGGAGGACCCAGUGACAGGAGCCAGGCUUUUACUGUCUCUACUACAGGAACCAUCUUCCACCUGCUGCAGGACACAGCCCACCCCUGUCUGUCCAUCUCUGAGGACGGCUUCUCCAUGUUCUACGGAGACGAGGAGCUCCCGCUCUCCGCCAUGACCUUCGACGACAACACCUUCGCCAGGUGUGUAGCUGUGUUAGGGGACCUGAUCCCUGUGAGAGGCAGACAUUACUGGGAGGUGGAACUGGAUGAGGACACAGAGUACAGGAUUGGAGUGGCCUAUGAAGACACUCAGAGAAACUCCUACCUGGGAGGAACAAAUACAUCCUGGUGCAUGAGACAUGUCCUCACCCCAUCCAGACACAAGUACGAGUUCCUCCACAGCGGCUGGAGCCCAGACAUCCGGAUAACGGUGAACCCUGUGAGGAUAGGGCUCAGUCUGAACUAUGAGAGAGGGAUCCUGUCCUUCUUCAACGUAGAGCUGGAACAACACCUCUACACCUUCUACUGUAGCUUCCAACGCUACGUUCAUCCCUGCUUCGCUCUGGACAACCCCGGUGCGCUCACUGUUCUCACUGGGGUAGAGGCACCAGGGUACGUCCACUUGGUCUGAGUUUACCAACCAUGAUUCACAGGUGUCCAUGGAAACAUCUUUACCUACCACGAUGUACAGGUGUGUCCAUGGAAAUGUCUUUCUGUUGUCUGUUAUUCUAACCCUCUGGACAACACUGCAUGGUAGAGCACAAUUAUACUACAAAAACAUGUUUAUGACCCCUUUGUGUAUGUGGGUUAACAACCAUAUCUGAAUAAAAACCAUGUACAUCAG